GUAUCAGUGAAGUUACCAAAGCACAAUGGCUCGCAUCACAAUCUACUACCUUCUCGCCUUCUUGGCUGCUUUCACAGCUGCAGCUGUUGUUGAAAUUUCCCCUCCGGAAGAUGAAGUGCAGAAAAUUCCUCUCGACAUUAAAAUCGUGGAGAACAUCGAGGAUUUCCUCAAAGAUCAUCCCGGCAUGGAAGUUGUUGAGAUGAAGAUGGAACAGAAAGCUCUCGUUCGCACCUACACACUCGGAUCACCCGUCUCUGGAGAUUCUCUCCUGGCUGCUGCUCGUGAAAGCUUCUCCUCUUCCACACCGAGAAACUUCCAAACUACAAUUCGCUACAGCGGAGGAACCGUUCGCUACGUCAUCGUUCAGGUUCAGCAGACAUCCAACAUUGGUCGCGCCUACGUCAUUUCCGGCGGUAUUGGUCAGAGAUCCAUUGCCUACGUCAUUGAAGCUGGGAGUACAACUCAGUUUAUCUACACCACCAACAUCUACGGAAGAUUCUAAUUGAGGAGUUUUUCUUUACUAUCCAGCUUAAGGCUUUGAGCUUUUUUUCUUAAUCCUUUUUUGUAUUUUUUAUAUUUUUUUGGAUAUUUUCCUCGAGGAAUAAAAUUUGUUUUUAAGAA